GGAAUGUGGAUAAACAGAAACAAGUCUUUGAAGAUCAUAAAAAUAUUUACAAAUGUGGAAAGAAAUAUGCGUGGUGCAAGAAGGAGGUGAGGAGGUGGUCCACUUGGUUCAGUGCUGGUAACUUUUUUUUAGGUGAUUUACUUAAGUAUGUAGUAGUGCUGGUUGAGUAAAGUAUUCACCUUCUUUCGGUUUGGUGAACUUCAUUAAGUAUCUGCAGCUUUUGAAUGAAACCGAGCUUGUUUAAAUAUCAUUUUUACAAGCCAGUGUUCCACUGUCCCUGGCAAGUGUAGAUAAGGGGUUUUUUUUCUUUAUACAGUAUGCUUUCUGCAUUUUUAACAGUGUUCUUUUAGAGACAGAAGAUGACCCUUUUUUGCUUGAAAUUCAUUACUUGUUACUGCAUUCUUUACACUUUUGAAGCUGAAAUUCUUUCUCAAAGAUAUUUCAGUUUUAAGGUCCAGGUCAUUAGUCAUCUAUUCUAGGGGCACAAAACAGUGAAAACAUAGUAUACCUUUCACUGAUCCCCCUGUGGUUUUGGAAAAUUCCAUGGGUUUUUGUAAUUACUGGCAUUACAGGUCCAGUCUAGACAUCCUCCUUUCAUGGAUAGAUGUGACACAACUGUGAGAGCCAACCAUGAAGAUUAGACUGGAAAACCAUUACUUUGCAUUGUUUCUUUGAUAAUUGUAUAGUUUUUAAUGGAUGUGUCUUAAAUCUUGGAGUGACAAGUUUUGUUGGCCAUGGAAUACCAAGGAUGAAGAAAGGGAGAUGGGAAGCAACUGAGUACAUGGCAGGCAGAGUGAGAAAAAUCAACAUAGAAAGAAACUUAAUUCAGAAUGAAUAUUCCUUAAAAGAAGUAUCAAUGUAUUCUUUGCCAGAGAAAAUACAGAAUAGAAGAAGGGAGUGGGGGAGAUGGACUCAGCUAAGGAAGAGCAAAGAGAAAGGGACAGUAGUAUUAACUGUGUAAAGAAGAGUAAAAUACAGUAUCAAAGGAAAGGGUAGCUAAGGCUGGUGAGAGGUUUCUUGGUAGGUCACUAAGACCUGUACAGUUGAUGUGGUGUAUGCAGCCUGCGUGCUUGUUGGCCCUUCCACUUGCCCUCUGAAAUCACUGCUGAGAAAUUCUAUUCAGCUGCAGUUCUAGAGACGAGUGAUGGAAAUGAUUCUCCUCUCUAACCAUGUUAUCAUAUUUCCAUCUACCCAGCUCAAAAUAAAAGACUUUUAAAAUGUUUUCAGGAUUGCAGUUUUCCAGAUGCUCAACCACCUAUUCCCAACCACUAUAAUGUUUACAAAGGAAAGCUUUUAUUGCUUCCUCCCACAUAAAGGAAGCAGUGAUGGGACAGAGAUUUAUCCCUAGAUGACAAUGUUGUUGUGAUUCCAAAACAAACUUUCUAAAAAUUAUUUUUAAAACAAAAAAGGACACGUUCUUCUCUGCAGUUGUUACUGUGUUGUUUUAAAACCUUUUCUCAGAUACUAUAUUAAAACUGGAUAUGACAUUUUGUCCUAGCAAUCUCUCAAGACACAGAUCAUAAAAUGUUCAUUUUCUACUUUUGUGUAUUGCAAUGCCAGAUUCUUUAAUUUUAUUUGCCUUCCUACUUAAUGUUGGAUUCCCAUAUUCCUUCUUAAUUGCACCUUUUUCUUGCUUUCUCUUUUGAGUGGAAGAAUAUGGAUGAGAGAGAAAGAACAGGUACUCUGUGUCUGCAUGUUAACAACAAUCCUAGGAUGUAUAUUUGGCCUGAAGCCUAGCUGUUCAAAAGAUGUGAAAACCUGCAAAGGUCGUUGCUUUGAAAGGACCUUUGGAAGCUGCCGUUGUGAUAAAGAUUGUGUCAAGCUUGGAAACUGCUGCUUAGAUUACCAGGAAACAUGUAUACAACCAGCCCACAUAUGGACCUGUAAUAAAUUCAGGUGUGGAGAAAAGAGGCGACCAGAAUAUCAUUGUUCCUGUUCAGAUGACUGUGUGGAAAACAAAGAUUGCUGUGUCAAUUAUCAAGCUGUUUGUAAAGGAGAGGCAAGCUGGGUUGAAGAAGAGUGUGAGGACAUUACUGAACCUCAGUGUCCAAAAGGAUUUACCAAGUCUCCAGUGUUAUUAUUUUCAUUGGAUGGCUUCAGAGCAGAAUAUUUGCAGACUUGGGGUGGACUUCUCCCUGUUAUUAGCAAAUUACAGAAAUGUGGAACAUACACUUCCAGUAUGAGACCAGUGUACCCUUCCAAAACCUUUCCCAACCAUUACUCCAUUGUCACAGGGCUGUAUCCUGAAUCUCAUGGUAUAAUUGAUAACAAGAUGUAUGACCCCAAAAGAAAUGCAUCCUUCACCCUUAAAAGUAAGGAGAAGUUUAAUCCACAGUGGUACCAAGGGCAGCCUAUCUGGCUGACGGCUGUGUACCAGGGUCUGAAAGCGGGUACAUUCUUUUGGCCUGGGUCAGACGUAGCAGUUAAUGGAACGUUUCCAAGUCUAUAUGAAAAAUACAAUAGCUCAAUCCCUUUUGAAGAAAGAGUGGUAACUGUCCUUCGCUGGCUGCAGUUACCUGAAGAUGAAAGACCACACUUUUACACUCUGUAUUUAGAAGAACCAGAUUCCUCGGGCCAUAAGUUUGGACCAGUAAGCAGUGGAGUCAUUACAGCAUUACAGAGAGUGGACAACAUAGUAGGGAUGCUGAUGGAUGGUCUAAAGCAAAUGAACUUGCAUAAAUGCCUGAAUAUUAUUUUUGUAUCAGAUCAUGGGAUGGAAGCAGGGAGUUGCAGAAAAACAGCAUAUCUGAACAGCUAUCUGGACAAUGUUCAAGAUUUCAUAGUUGUACCUGGUCCUGCAGCUCGCCUAAGACCUAAUAAUGUUCCAGAUGAGUAUUUCUCUUUUAAUUAUGAAGGCAUUGUCAGAAACCUCACGUGCAGAGAACCAAACCAGCCUUUCAAAGCUUAUAUGAAAAAGCUACUACCCAAGCGUUUCCAUUAUUCCUAUAAUGACCGGAUUGAACCGCUGCACUUCUAUUUAGACUCCCAAUGGCAGCUUGCUCGAAAACCACUUGAGAUUAAAAGCUGCACAGGUGGAUUCCAUGGCUCAGACAAUCGCUUCCCCAAUAUGCAGGCUAUCUUUAUUGGUUUUGGACCAGGAUUCAAGUUUCGUACUCAAGUUGAUCCAUUUGAAAACAUUGAAGUAUAUAAUUUAUUGUGUGAUUUGCUUGAUUUGAAACCAGCCCCAAACAAUGGAACUCAUGGACGCCUAAACCAUCUAUUAAGGAACCCUGUUUAUACCCCCCAACAUCCCAAAGAAACAAACCAUCCUUCUGAAUGCUCUGUGGUGGGACAAAGAGCCUUUUCAGUGAGCCUUGGCUGCUCCUGCAGGACAGCAGGCUUGCCAAUAAGGGAUUUUAAUCAGCGUUUAAAUCUCACUGAAGCAGAAGUUAAGAAAACAGAGAAACUUACUUUACCCUAUGGACGGCCCAGGGUUCUGCAGAAAAGACAUAAUUACUGCCUCCUUUACCAUUCCCGCUAUGUGAGUGGAUACAGCAAGGACUACAGGAUGUCUCUGUGGAGCGCAUACACUGUUAGCAAAGAUGACAAAUGGGUUUCUGCUACAGAAAAUACCUCCAACUGUUUACACAAAGAUGUUCGUAUUUCACAGAACCAAAACCAGACAUGUUUGUUUUACAACAAUCAUCCUUACCUCACUUACAGUUUUCUUACUCCUCCAAAUUUUAUGACAGAUGCAGAGAGCCCUCACUAUGAUGCUUUGCUUACCAGCAACAUUGUGCCAAUGUAUCCUGCAUUUAAAGUGUUAUGGAACUACUUCCAUCAAUACCUGCUACCUGAACAUGCUGCAGCCAGGAAUGGUGUCAAUGUAGUCAGUGGUCCUGUGUUUGAUUAUGAUUCUGAUGGGCUCUAUGAUACCCCAGAAAAGUUGAAAAGAUACCCUGGUAAUUCAGAAGUUCUAGUUCCAUCCCACUUCUUCAUUGUGCUGACUAGCUGUAAAAAUACUUCUGAAACUCCUCUAGAGUGUGAAGGGUCUCUAGAUGCCUUGUCUUUCAUUGUACCUCACAGAGAAGACAACAGUGAAAGCUGUGCAGAUGGCAAGUCUGAGUCCAUGUGGGUUGAAGAGAGAAUGAAAUUUCAUACAGCUCGGAUCAGAGAUAUAGAAUUAAUUACGGGACUCAGCUUCUAUCAAGACAGAAACCAGCCAGUAUCUGAGAUUUUACAGUUAAAAACAUAUUUACCAACUUUUGAGUCAGUCUGAUUUUUCCUAUGGAAUGUUAUUAUCCAUUUCACAACUGAUUUGUAAAUAGACUGUUUUUAAUUAAUGAAAACACUUUUUUUAAAUAAGCUGGAACAUUUAUUGAGAACUCUUGACCAAAAUGCCAGUAGGGAGGAGAGUGGGUGCCAUAUUUGUAUCUCAGGGACUCCUGAUGGACUAUGCUUGUGACAUAGGAUGGCAGCUCCUGUCAUUGCCACUUGGAUGUGGUAGAGCCUUGUCCAUUAUUAUGCUAACAGCGUUUGGUCAUCAUAGUCUGAGACAUGAACACAAAUGUUAUCUUUGAUAUGCACUGGAGAGGGAGAAAUUCAUAAAGCAUGGGUUAUGAUCAAUAUGCUACUUUAAAAAUACAUUCUUUGUGACCGUUGAAAUCUGAACAACAGCACUUCUCAUUGCAGUUUUCCUUGAAGCGUGAAUUACAUUCUGAGUUUUUGGGUCUCACAAAAUAAUGCAGCAUUAUAGUGCAAGAAGCUAUAGUUUGGUUAGUAAGACCGGUAACUAAAACUUCCACGGCAUGGAAAAGACUCCUGGCUACAGGAAUUCCGUGGGCUGGCAAGCCUUGGCGUGUCGGUGCCCUCUGGUGGCUCCAAAACCAGCGGCGAAUUUGAUGCACAAUUUGCAUGUUGUACAUGCAUCCUCUGAACGAGCGGUAUAGGAUGCAUCAAGUCACCUAUAAAUGAAAAGAAAUUGAUUCAGGGAUAUUUCUGAGCUCCUAGAAAUAAUUAUCUUAUUUCAAACUGAACUUGAAUUUGAUUAAAAGAUUUCACUUUAUUGAAGCAAAGAUGUGUUUCUUAGUUUGGUACAUGAUUUUGUCAGCUGUGGUUUUGAAAUCCCAUUUUUGAAUGCACAGAUGAUGGCAGAGAUGCAAACUCUGAAGAACCAUGUAAUGAGCUUUCUUGGAAACUUUCAGGCUACACAAACAGCUGCUACAGGCACUCAGGAGUGUAGGAAUUCCCUGCUUUUCCAGUACACAUGCUAUUACCUUUGUAAUUCUCCCACUCUCUAAAUGACCCAACAUUGGCUCUGUUAUGUAUGAAAUUUGACAUAGUCAAUUACACAUUUAUGUUGUUCUCACUUAAAAAGAAGAAAACACAGCACGCACAAGUAUGUCAGAAGAAGAAAGAGCCUGUGACUGAGCAGAGAGACAUUUUACCUUACAGCUUGGUCAGGGCAUGUUGAAGGCUGGAUUCAGAGCCUGCUGAAGUCAGAGGAAGCUUUUCCAUUAACUUCAGUUUGAGUGGGCUGAAAUUCUGGGACCAUUUUUCUUUUAACCAAAUAUAUUUUCUUGAUCUUAUGUUAUGAGUAUGAUUUUCUUUUUACCUAAAAUAGUUUCACUGUGUGAAAUCCAAAUGUGUUGUAGCAACCUCACAUUAUGAUAGGACUGUGACAGCAUUAUUCAAUGUAACUGCUUUGUAACAUUGCCUGUGACCAAUAAAACCAUCAGAAGUA